AUGAGAAGAGCAGAAAAUGAACUGAACACAGACAUAUCAGCCAGCAGAAGAGAUGACAUCUCACUGCAAGGCACAGCAACUACCACCACAGCUGCAAGAGAAGCAGGAGAAGAUGUGGCAAUGAGAGCAGUGCUCCCGCAGCUCAUUGACAUUACUAUCUUCAACCUGGCUUUCUUGACAGUCAUGAAGGCCGCAGUCACAUCAUGA